AUGGAUGAGUGUGAUGUGGAUGAGUGUGACGUGGAUGGGUGGGGCAUGGAUGAGUGUGACAUGGAUGGGUGGGGCAUGGAUGAGUGUGACGUGGAUGAGUGUGACUUGGAUGGGUGGGGCAUGGAUGAGUGUGACAUGGAUGGGUGUGACAUGGAUGGGUGGGGCAUGGAUGAGUGUGACAUGGAUGGGUGGGGCAUGGAUGAGUGUGACAUGGAUGGGUGGGGCAUGGAUGAGUGUGACAUGGAUGGGUGGGGCAUGGAUGGGUGGGGCAUGGAUGGCUGUGGCAUGGAUGAGUGUGAUGUGGAUGAGCGUGACAUGGAUGGGUGUGACAUGGAUGAGUGGGGCAUGGAUGGCUGUGGCAUGGAUGAGUGUGAUGUGGAUGAGUGUGACAUGGAUGAGUGUGACAUGGAUGGGUGUGACAUGGAUGGGUGUGACAUGGAUGGGUGUGACAUGGAUGGGUGGGGCAUGGAUGGCUGUGGCAUGGAUGAGUGUGCCCUGGUUGGGUGUGAUGUGGAUGAGUGUUAUGUGGAUGAGUGUGACGCCGAUGGGUGUGACAUGGAUGGGUGUGAUGUGGAUUGGGGGGGGGAGGGGGGGGGGGGGGGGGGGGGCAUGGAUGAGUGUGACAUGGAUGGGUGUGACAUGGAUAGGUGGGGGGAUGGGGCAUGGAUGGGUGUGAUGUGGAUGGGUGUGACAUGGAUGAGUGUGAUGUGGAUGGGUGUGACAUGGAUGAGUGUGACAUGGAUGGGUGUGACAUGGAUGAGUGUGACAUGGAUGGGUGUGACAUGGAUGGGUGUGACAUGGAUGGGUGGGGGGGUGGGGCAUUGA